AUGCGUCAUCCAACAGAUUCUUUGGCUUGGAAGCACAUAGACACAAAGUAUCCCGAGUUUGCUUCAGAUCCCCGUAAUUUGCGUCUCGGGCUUGCUGCUGAUGGAUUUAAUCCAUUUGGUGAUCUUUCCGCAGCCCACAGUUGUUGGCCAGUGAUGCUCGUGGUUUAUAAUUUGCCCCCUCAGUUGUGUAUGCAAGGUGACAACAUAAUUCUGAGCAUGUUGAUUCCAGGAAAAAAACAACCGGGUAAUGACAUUGAUGUAUACUUGCAUCCCUUGAUUGAUGAUCUUUUUGAGUUGUGGGAGAAAGGGGUGCAGGUAUAUGAUUCGUUUACUAAAACAGAUUUUAACUUGAAUGCGUUAUUAACGUGGACAAUAAACGAUUUCCCUGUAUAUGGUAAUUUAUCUGGAUGUACGUAUAAAGGGAAGGCAGCAUGUCCUUUUUGCGGUGAAAAUACACUUUCAAACUGGUUGGCAUUUAGUCGUAAAACUGUCUACUUGAAUCAUAGGAGAUUUCUUCGUCAUAAUCAUCCUCUUCGGCAGAAAAAAUACUGGUUUAAUGGAGAGAUUGAGAGGAAGGAAAAGCCACCUGUUAUGUCUGGUGUUGCGGCACUUGAAUGUCAGAAUAGCAUUACAAAUGAUUUUGGGAAAGUGGAGAAGAACGAGGAGGAGAUAAGGAAAAAGAAAGAGAAAAAGAAGAAGAAUAAGGGCAAGAGUAGUGCGGCAGCAAGUGCAAAUGUGGGUAAUUCUAAAUGUGGGAAGCGGAAAAGGGAUGUUGUUGCUGAUGCGGCUAUUUCUGGUGCAAAUGAUGAUGAAACUGAACUUCGAGUGUUUAACAAACGGUCAAUAUUCUUCGACUUUCCUUACUGGAAGGAUUUAUUACUACGGCACAAUAUUGAUGUUAUGCAUACAGAAAAAAAUGUUUGCGAGAGUAUUAUUGGUACCAUAUUGAAUAUAAAGUCCAAAACAAAAGACGGUCUAAAGUCCCGCAAUGAUAUGAAGAGUAUGGGAAUAAGACCGGAAUUACAUCCAGUAGAGAUAAAUGGAAAAACGAUCCUUCCACCAGCACCAUACUGUUUAAAUGACAAGGAAAAGGCUAUAUUGUAUAAUAGGAUGAGAAAUUUAAAGGUUCCAUAUGGUUUUAGUUCUGAUCUUAUAAAGCAUUUCUCAAAAGAUGGUUGCUUAGGUGUUCUUAAGGCUCAUGAUUACCAUGUUCUUAUGCAACAAAUAUUACCCGUUGCUUUGCAAGGACUUUUACCUGUAGGGCCAAGGGAGGCAAUUUUCAGGUUAUGUUCUUAUUUUCACGAAAUAUGCCAAAGGGCAGUUGAUCUCCAUAGAUUAAUAGAACUUGAAGUAGAAGUUGCUGAGACUUUGUGUAUGUUGGAGAGGUACUUCCCUCCGUCACUUUUUGAUGUCAUGAUGUACUUGACAAUUCACCUAGCUCGAGAAGUGCGAUUAUGUGGACCUGUACAAUAUCGUUGGAUGUAUCCAUUUGAAAGGUAUAUGAAGACAUUCAAAGAAUAUGUAAAGAAUUAUGCACAACCUGAAGCUUGUAUAGCCGAGUGUUAUCUUGGAAUGGAGUGUGUUAGAAUGCAUAUGGACGAGUUAAAAUCUCCUGCUGGGAGGGAAAUUACUAGUGAAGACCAACUCAAUUCCAUACAGUCUGACACAUUUGCAGAUUGGUUUCAACAAAAGGUUAAGAUGCAAAUUGAACAAGGCAUGCCAAUAUCACACACGGUAGAAUGGUUGUCAUAUGGGCCAUUGGAAAACUGCAUAUCAUAUAAAGGCUUUCUUAUCAAUAACACUUGGUUUAUUACGAAGGAUGUUAAGAGAGUCACACAAAACAGUGGAGUUUCAAUUGAAUCAACAACCUUAGUUGCGGGAUUGUCAGAAACUAGUGGGUUCUACGGUGUUUUAAAAGAAAUUCUAUUGUUGGACUACAAUCAUAUGUUUCAAAUUCCAAUAUUCAAAUGUGAUUGGGCUCACACCAAUUUUGGUGUGAAGGUAGAAGAUGGCUUUACAUUAGUCAAUUUAAAGCAGCAUAAGAACCAAUACUGUAACGAUCAAUUCAUUUUAGCAAAGCAAGCGCGACAAGUUUUCUAUUCUCGAGAGUCAAAUACAUCUAACUGGUAUGUGAUGGUUAAACCACCGCCUAGGGGUUUCCAUGAAUUAGAGGAAUACAAUGAAAAGCAUGACACAAAUUUCCAACCAGUGGAUACUUCAACUAUUGGUUUCCAAAUGGAUGACGAGAACGAGAGUUACUUAAGAGAAGAUGGGGAAUAUACCAUAGUGGUUCUGACAAAGAAGAAGAACAAAAAGAAGAAGAAAAAGAAGUUCACAAGUUAG